AUUCCACACUGACUAGGGAGUUGGCGUUUUAUUGUUGCUAAAUAAAAUCGGUUUUACUUUAGCUUCGGAUUAGCGCUUAGUCGAAUCAAGACGCGCCGAUGUGCAAAUGCUCUGUUCUCUCAUAGUUUCGUUUAUGAAAAAGUCGUUUUAAUUGGAAAAUGUGGUUAUUAGUUUCGCUCUAAUUGUUGGCGAAUUUGGACAUUUACUUUUAGAAGACAAAGGAACUUCAGGAGGAUGGACCCGAUAGGAGCCAGCUGUCUGAGCUUAUUUAAACCCGCUACAGAUAACUCCAUUGAUGCAGCAGAGGAAAAGUUCAAAGAUACCAAAGAUGAAGGACUUCGGGUAAUGAUAGCCAGUUGCCACUCACUAAGCAAAUAUGAAGGCAAAAGUUUAAAAAAUGUGCUUCCACAAAUUUUAGCAUCACUAUUAGCAGCUAGUUUUCACAUAGGGAAUGGAAUCUCAUUAGCUUAUUCAGCAGUAUUAAUCUCACAAUUAGCCGAACCAGACAGUCCAAUUAAAUCCACAAAAACACAGAACUCAUGGAUGGCGAGCGUUCUCAUAGUGGUCAUUCCUCCAGCUUCCAUCUUCAGCGGUAUUAUCAUGGAUAAUCUAGGAAGACUAAACUGCAUAAAAAUAGCGGGAAUUCCAGGAGUUGUCGGCUGGUCCAUGAUUGCUUUAGCCAACAAUGUUACUACCAUUAUUAUUGGCAGGCUUUUGGUAGGAAUUUCUUCAGCUUGGGGAACCAGUCCGGGCAUAGUUUAUAUCACAGAAAUUGCAAGUUCGAAUUUAAGAAUGUCUUUGAUGGCUAUUGCACCAGCAUAUGUUUCACUUGGAAUGGUCUUAACAUACUUAGGAGGUUGGUAUCUCCAUUGGAGAACCUUAGCUUGGGUUUGCAAUGUAUUCAUUAUUGUUCCUUGUUUGGUCUGCAUUAUUAUCCAUGAAAGUCCUUCGUGGCUAAUUUUGAAAGGUAAAUACGAGCAGGCAAAGAAGAGUUUGGAGUGGAUCCACAAGUAUCAAAAACCGCCUGGAGAGCAGGAAACGUUUGCGGACCUGCAGUACAAGAUAUUACAUGAAGAACAGCAGAAAAAGAAAGAAGAACAGGAAAAGCAGAAAAACCAAAAAGGCGUCAAGUUUAUCAUUCAAGAGUUCUUGAAACCUACCGGGUGGAAACCACUGGUUAUUCUGACGGGCUUGUUUUUCUUCCAACAUUUUUCUGGGAUCUACAUUACCAUGUUUUACAGCAUCAGUUUUAUUCAGGAAGCCGGAAGCAGCAUUAAUGGAUACUUGGCCUCCAUACUGAUUGGCGUAGUAAGAUUAAUAAUGUCCAUGAUGAGCAUUUAUAUUUUAAAAAGGUUCCAUAGAAGAUCUUUAAUAUUCAUCAGUAGCGGCCUGAUGGCAUUAAGCAUGUUUAUUGCUGGCUUGUGGACCAUGUGGAUUCAGGAAGGAACAACGAAUUUAAAGUGGAUUCCUGUGGCUGCACUACUCUUUUAUGUGGUGGCUUCAACUGUCGGUCUUCUUCCAAUACCUAAUAUGCUCAUAGCCGAGUUAUUUCCCCUGGAAAUUAGAGGAAUCGGAUACUCGAUUAGUUAUAGUUUGUGCUGUAUACUCAUGUUCAUUGCUCUGCAAAGCUACUAUGGAAUGAGUGACUUUUUUGGAGGCGCAAGUAAUCUACAAUGGUUCUUCGCCAUCGUUUGCCUAGGAGGAGCCGUUUACUCCUACAUAUUCCUACCGGAAACGUUUGGCAUGAAACUAGCAGAUAUAACAGACUAUUUCAAAACGCAAUUUGUAUACAUUGGACAUAGUCAUAAGAAAAUGGGAACUGAAUCAGAAGCACAGGAAAAAAUGCUGAAAGAUUCGGCGAAUAAUAAUGGAAAAAUCCCCCAGACUGUGUAGUAAAUUAACAUUUUUAGUUCUAAUUUUUCAACUGUGCAUCUAGAUUUUUACAUAGCAUUUAAGUGAAGGUCUUAACUGUAAGGUAUCUAAGGAGGAAAUUUGAAGUAAGUGUAAAUACGUAUGGUUUUGAUGAUUUAAUGAUAUACGUAUGUUUUUUUA